AAGUCGGACCUUCUUGGGCAAAUUAACCACCGACUCACCGAGUCAGGGACGAAGAGAAAUAGAAUUGAGGUGGGAAUGGCCGGAGCAACGGCGAGAAUUUCGGCGGGUCGCCGGCUUUUGAUUCACUGUGAAUUUUCCGGGCAGCCGACGGCGAGUCUGUCGGACAUGGAUUUUGGGUUUUUGGAGGAGGGCGGCGACGGGUCGCAGGAGAGCUCCGGCAGCGAAGGGUGUUGCGGAAACGUAGAUGUUUCUGGAAUGAUGGAGGAAGAUGGAGAUGAGGAGAGAGAAAGCUGUGGUAAUGCGGAGGAGAACAGUGCCUUUUGGGAGAGCCAACACCAAUUUCUGCAGACGACCUUGUGCAGGAGCAGCGCUCUGGAAGCCAAAAUUAGGAACGCCACAAAAGAAGCUCUGAAGGAAGCAAGGAUGGCGGGGGCCGCCGUCUGCGUUUGCGGAAGACCGGCGACCGGUGGCGGCUGCCGGAUUUGUGAGAUGAGAGAAGUCUGCGCCCGCCUGCAAAGCGCCGGCUUCAAUUGCGCCAUUUGCAAGACGAAGUGGAGAAGCUCCCCUGACAUUCCAUCAGGGGAGCACAGAUUUUUGGACGUGGUUGAGAAAUCGAGCUCGAAGAGAGGAGGGGAGAUGAGGGUGAUAAUAGAGACGAACUUCCGGGCGGAGUUCGAGAUGGCGAGGGCGAGCGAGGAGUACAGCCGGCUGGUGCGGCGGCUGCCGGAGGUGUUCGUGGGAAAGGUGGAGAGGGCGGAGGGAGUGAUAAGGGCGGUGUGCGCGGCGGCAAAGAGGUGCAUGAAGCAGAGGAAGAUGCACAUGGGGCCGUGGCGGAAGCAGAGGUACAUGCAGGCCAAGUGGCUGAGCCCCGUCUGCGAGAGAACUGCCUUCACCCCCUCCACCCUGUUCAUGUCCUCCAUGAACGCUACUGGUAGCGAUCGUGAUUAUCUUAGAAGUAGUAGUAGUUCAAGUAAUUCAAGCAGUAGUGGCGGUCCUCAGGAAUUGCAGAAGCCCAGGGCUUCCAUGUUAACCAUGGAUUUGCUGGAGAAGCUGCCUAAUCUGCAUUGCACUGCUGUUGAGGUUGUGUGAUUUUCUUUAAUUUUCUCGUUUCCCAAACAUGGCUUUCCUACAUCCCCACGCCCUCUCUCUCCCUCUCUCUCUCUCUCUCUAGAUUUCUUUUUUCUUUUUGUUUUUAACUUUUUUUCCUUAUACAUAAGCUUUUUUUUUUCAGUUAACUGUGCAAUCUGGCCUUACUUAUUUUCCAGGUAUUUGUGUAUUAAAAUUUUGACGCCUAAUAUGUAAAAUAAUAUGUGCCAUCACAUAUAGCUACGUUAAUGCUUUAUUAAUACAAACAAAUUUGGGUCA